AUGGCGGCCCUCCCCUCCGGUUGGGAAUGGGACUACGAUGGCUCCCGCUGGUUCUACCGCUACAAGCCCAAUGGCCAUGUCCAAUUCCACUUUCCGAAAGAGGGCGACGAGUUCCCAGACUUUGUUGACUGCUUUUCACCAGCCCCCGAGCUUGCCCCCGAGGAGAAACUCGAGAGCCAGCAACAGCUCAAAAGACGAACCACGGCCGAUGCCAAUCCCACAUCCAAGAUGCGCGCUACUGGCGGGCCCAUGUCCGAGUUUGGUAUGAGUCGAAGUGGCUUUGGAGGACCCAUGGACAACGACGAUGACGAUGGCGACGGCUUCUUCUUCCAGCCCGAGAACUUCAUGUAUCUCGGCCCCGGUGCCUACGACGAUAUCAGCCCGGAAGCUGACGAGGACGAGCGCGAAGAGGUAUUGGGCAGGCCGGGCGUCGGUGAAAGCGGCGAAGGCAGCAGUACCAAGAAUCAUGCGAUGCUCGAUGUUGCCAGUGUGAAGUCGGGCGUGUCGCCUCUGCAAAGCGAGACCAAUACACCCUCCAUCGUCAACAGUGUCCCUGUGAGAGGGGCCGAAGCUGUGUCUGAGGCACCAGCAGAGAUGGCCACCGUCGAGCAGCCUCUCAAUGUCAACACUGAUACCAGUCCGGAUCCCAGCCGGGCCCUCCCGCCAUCUCCUGGUGUUCCACUCCUCGAUUCAGUAGAAAAGCCCCGGCCAGGAUUCCCAGCCAAUUUCCAUAGUCCGCCAUGGGACCCAGUAGGAACCAUGGCCGAAAUGGCAACGGAACACACGGCGCCAGCUCGCAUCGAAACCCAUCCUGAUCCGGUUGAGAUGGCCGACACCGCGGUACUAGCUCCCAUCGAGACGAAUUUCGCCGACCUGGGUAUUGCCGAGCUGCCAGAGCGGACGAGUCCGGCGGAAGCGAAGCCGCCGUCUGCCCAGUCUACCCACGAUUUGUUGCACCAGACGAACAUGAGUGAUGCAGCCCUCUACGGCGCUACCUUUGGAACUGGAUCCAGGCCUCAAAAUUCAAAACUCAAGCGUCUCGAGGGCUCCAACGCGAUUCGGCCACAGGGAUAA